AUGGCCUCUGCCUCCGUAGUUCAUCAUGCUAUAUGUGAUGGAUGUUAUAACCCCAUCUGUGGUAUAAGAUAUAAGUGUCUUGAUUGUCCUGACUUCGACCUUUGUUUUAAUUGUAAAUCAUUUCUUAAUGGUGGUCAUAAUCCGACGCACUCAUUCACCGAAAUUAAAGCGUAUCUUGGAAUGAAAGAGGAAGCGCAUUCGGACUUUAACCAGCUAGAAUACCGCCAAAAUCCAAGUACCCGCCUGUUAGAGGGUCCAAAACAACCAUCUAGAGUUGGGGAAUAUCCCAAGGAAAAAACCAAAGGGGUAGAAGUAAAAACUAAGGUAAAAACGCAUGUUAACGUGGAUAGGAAAGGGGAGGUAAAGGUGGAAAAUACGGUAAAAACAAAGGUUGGUGUGAGUGAGCUGGCAACAGCGGGAGCUUUAGCAACGAUAAGUUUUCUUGCCUACAGCUUAUUUGGUAAAACAAACAAAACAGGCUAG